GAAUUCUUGAACCUAAAGUUGACAUGGCAGAACUGACAGUGAACACACAAAUGUGCCCGAGUUCAACCUGAAAACGCUGAUUCUUAAAAGAUAAUCCCCAUGGUGCAUGUUGGAUAUCGGAGGCCAUUGUCGAACCAUAAUAUUAUUAGUGACUGUUCCCUACGCGAACAUCAGGAGGCUGAAAGUCAUCCCUCAAGUUCUCAGGGAGCUAUCGGCCUGCCCUGAUGAAGGCCCAGCAGGAUGGAGACCUCCUCCAAGAGGAUUCCCCUGACGACGGGGGCACUCAGACCAACCACUACAGCGCCAUCUCACCUCCGGCCUCCCCUGCAGACUUAGAUGAGCCUUUCUCCACGUACUUUGAAGAGAAGGUGGCCAUUCCUGAAAAUGUCAAUCAGGUGUUUAGUUUUAGGAAACUCUGGGCUUUCACCGGACCCGGGUUCUUGAUGAGCAUCGCCUACUUAGAUCCAGGCAACAUUGAGUCUGACCUGCAGUCUGGAGCAGAAGCUGGAUUUAAGCUUCUAUGGGUGCUUUUGUCAGCCACCGUCAUCGGGCUGUUGUUGCAGAGGUUGGCGGCACGUCUCGGCGUGGUCACGGGAAUGCACUUGGCUGAAGUUUGCAACCGGCAGUAUUCCACCGUCCCACGAAUUAUAUUGUGGAUCAUGGUGGAGUUGGCGAUUAUUGGUUCCGACAUGCAAGAAGUGAUUGGCUGUGCAAUAGCUCUCAAUCUUCUCUCUGUGGGCAAGAUACCUUUAUGGGCUGGAGUACUCAUUACCAUCACAGAUACAUUUGUGUUCCUUUUUUUGGACAAAUACGGCCUGAGAAAACUUGAAGCUUUCUUCGGCUUUCUUAUCACCGUAAUGGCUAUCAGUUUUGGUUACGAGUAUGUGCUUGUGAAACCAGACCAAGGGGAGGUGCUGAAAGGCAUGUUUGUGCCGUACUGUGAAGGAUGUGGGCCCACGCAACUGGAGCAGGCUGUUGGCAUUGUUGGCGCUGUCAUCAUGCCGCACAACAUUUACCUUCACUCGGCUUUGGUCAAAUCUCGUGAUAUUGACCGUCGAAAUAAGAAGGAAGUAAAGGAAGCCAACAAGUAUUACUUCAUCGAGUCAACCAUUGCACUCUUUAUUUCGUUUCUCAUCAACGUCUUUGUCGUCGCCGUUUUUGCCCAGGCUUUCUACAAUAAGACCAACUGGCAAGUGAACCAAGAGUGCAAUGUAACCAACAUCCCUCACCAAGGUCUCUUCCCUAACAACAAUGAAACACUGGAGGUUGAUAUCUAUAAGGGGGGAGUGGUUCUGGGCUGUUUCUUCGGUCCCGCCGCGCUGUACAUCUGGGCCAUCGGCAUCCUUGCAGCAGGGCAGAGCUCCACCAUGACAGGCACCUACUCUGGACAGUUUGUUAUGGAGGGUUUCCUAAACCUUCGGUGGUCUCGUUUCGCACGAGUGCUACUGACGCGUUCCAUCGCCAUCACGCCGACGCUGCUGGUUGCCAUCUUUCAGGAUGUCCAGCAUCUGACUGGGAUGAACGACUUCCUUAAUGUCUUACAAAGCAUGCAGCUUCCUUUCGCCUUGAUCCCAAUUUUGACCUUCACCAGCCUGACAUCCAUCAUGAACGACUUUGCCAAUGGCUUGUUUUGGAAGAUCGGUGGUGGCGUUGUCAUCUGUUUGGUUUGUGCCAUCAACAUGUACUUUGUGGUGGUCUAUGUGGCAACUCUGCACAGCAUUUGGCUCUACGUCCUGGCCGCUCUACUCUCCGUCGCUUAUCUGUGCUUUGUAGGCUACCUGGUGUGGCACUGUUUGGUCGCCCUGGGGGUCUCCUGUCUGGACUUUGGCAGCAGGAUGGGUCUUGCACGGCAUACAGAUAUUUACUUACUGAAUGACAUGGAUGUGGACGGUGUGAUCGAGCGAUAGGAGAUGACAACGUGAUGGAGGUCAAGAACACCAAUGAGAUUCCUGCUGCAUGGCCAGUAUCUUCACUUUCAGUGCCUUCCACUUUAAAGUGCCCUGCUGAUUAUGUCUCUGCAACUUCUGCCAAGACAUGGGCCCACAUUGCACUUUGCGUUUGAUAAAAAUGAUGUGAAUAAAAUAAAUAUGCAGCAGAAGAACAUACCAAAAACACCAGCUCAUGUAACAACUAUUACUUGGUAAUUAAUAUAUUUGCUAAUUUAUUCUUAGGGUUCGAGUUUUGCUUUGUGGGUGUUCACAUUUGUUGAGGCGUUUCAAUGCAUUAAUCUGGCCUUUUUCGGUCAAUAUGCUGGAAUGCUAAAGUGUCGGUGAACACCUUGAAAAUAUAACCUUCACUGGCAUAAUGACAAAAUGGGAUGAAAUGAUGAACCUCCAGGAUGCAGAAUGGUCAAAUGGAACCAUUUAUUUGACUAACUUCUGAGCUGCACCUGCCCUCUAUUGCCUCCGCCUGUGUGCCUCACAUCUCGCAUCAGCAGAG